UAUCUGUUUCCUUUCUCCUGUUUUCAGUUUUAGUUGUAACUCGUUCAUCUGAGAGUGUGCGUGUGUGUGUGUGUGUACGUGUGUGGAGUCCGUGCUACAUCUAUAUUAAGAACGUCUGAUACUAUUGCCUGAACUAUGAUUACUAUUGAAGAACUAUGGUGAACUAGACUUGUCAUUGUAUCUCUACCAACCAGUGAUAUUGUUGUUGUUUAAUACUACCAAUACCAACACCACCACCAUCACCACCAACAACAACAACAACAACAACAACGACAGCAACAGCAACAACAAAGCCAACCGACCUCUACCACAUCAAAGGAGUGUUAAGCAACAUUACUGAGAAACGGAUUGGUCAUUUGUCUCAGUGUUUAAAUAGAGUGUGUGUAAUCAAGACCGACACUACCACCGCCACUACGCUACCGCUCCUACUACCACUAUUACUACUACCACUACUACUACUACUACUACUACUACUACUACAACUGAGAUCACCACUACCAUUACUUAACUGUCCUACCCACUUGCAUCGUACAUAUUUAAGCCAUUAUCAUCAUCACCACCACCACUACCACCACAACCACAACCACCACAACCACCACCACCACCUUUACUACUACUACUACUACUACUACUACUACGAUCACCGCUUACACCACUUAGCUGUCCUCCCCACUUGCAUCGUACAAAUCAUCACCACCACCACCAUCACCACCAUCACCACCACCACCACCACCACCACCACCAUCACCACCACCACCUGCACUUGUAUUUAAAAUGAAGACCGGAAGUUUACACCUGCUGCUAAUGAUUAUGGUGACCGGAAGUACCACCACCAUCACCACCACCACCACCACCGUCACCACCGCCCCGAUAAAAUGGAGGGGCAUUCCGGAGUUCGACCUCCCCACCACCCCCCUCCCACCAUGCCACGGGGGGAGAGAGGAGAAAGGGGGGGCGGCCUGUAUCCUCUCUUCGCCCCGUCCUAUGGACUGGAGGUCAGCACACAGCUUCUGCCGAGGUCAAGGUGGCUUCCUGAUUGGCCAGGACGAGAUGACCAACCCCGCUGUGACGAAGUUGACCCCCGGCGGUGUGACUUGGACUGCGCUGGGUCCACACAAGGGUCAUCUGCAGUGGCUGACCCGACGACCUGCUCUUGGACAGUUUCUUCGGUGGGUUGGAGGGAAGAAGGGAAAAGGAACAGACUGUGCCUCCCUCCACCACCCUUCCCUCCUCUUCCAGCCCCUCCCUUGCUCCUCCCUCCUCCCCUUCCUCUGCCUCCUUCAUUCACCUGGCCUGGAGCAUCACUCAGAUGGCGAUUUUGAACUAAGAGUGGAGGUGGAAAUGGACGAUGACGGAGAAGAGGAGGAAGAGAAACGGGUGGUGAGGGUGGAGGAGAAGGCGGAGGGGUGGAUCAGCGUGAGGGAGGAGGACUUCCAUCUCCUCGCCCUCACCUGCGCCGCCCACCUGCACUCACCUACCGCCUCCGCCCAGCCACAGGUGUUCUGGAGCAAGGACGGCGUGUACCUCCCCAUUCACGCCGCCACCCUCCUCCCCGCCGCCGUGCACGACGCCACCAAGUCCCGCGUGGCAGCCAACGCGUCGCUGCCGCUGCUCCAGGGCACGUACUGGUGCGAGGCGUGGCGGCCCGGCUCUCCCGCCCCUUUCGUCAGCAACAAAAUCCUCGUCACGGUGCAGGGACGCGAGGUGCUGCUCCUGCACCUCCACGCCCGCCACCAGUCCCCGCCCCUCACUGCGCGCAGCCUGGAGGCGAGGCUGCGGGAUGCGUUUGCUUCACUGCACGGCUUUGACGACUUCCCCAUCGACGUGGCGUCUCUUCAGGAGAACGAGGCGGAAUCAGAGGGUCUCGUCAGCGCCAGGGCUCAGGUUCACCUCCCCGCUGCCAGCGUGGCCUUCACCACCCUCCUGGACAUGCUGCGGGAGGGCCGGGGCGUAGAGAGGCUGCUGGAGGGGGCGGGCUUCCUGGCCUCCUCGGCGGCGGCGCUGCCCACGCGCUGCAGGAACACCACCGCCGUGAUGCCAGGCGGAAACACCGUCUUGUGGCCCUUCACGGCAGCGGGCCGCGUGCAGCCGCGCCACCACCGCUGCGAGGCGGCUGCCGGCGGGCUGCUGACGGGCCUCUGCCGCUGGAACUACACACACGGUGCCACUGUGCUCUUCGACGCCAGCCGAUGUCAGCGUUUCGAUUUUUGUCCUCAGGGCUACACAGGCCUCGCUGAUAGCUUUUGCGUCUCUCUGACGCCCGCCGACACGUGGGACGACGGUGUUGAGGCGGCGCACGGCAGCGUCAGCAGCAUGAGUCUGCUGGAUAAGGCACGGCUGCACGAGACCGGGAGGCUGAAGGCACCGUCACUGUACGAUGAGGCGCGGCGGUGGCUGGCGGGGCAGCAGGGCGCCAGCGUGCUGUGGCUCCCCGCCAGGAGAAUCGCGCCCUUUGGUCCUCUCGGCUUCGUGGGCCCCGUCGCGUCUGACUUCCCCAUCGCCCUCCACGACGGCACACGCAGCUUUAACGUGUCGUGGGCAGCGGGGCAGCCAGCCGCGGCCCACGACUGUCUGGCGCUGGACACCGAGAACUCCCAGUUGCUGACUCUGCCGUGUGACGCCGCUCUGCCCUUCCUCUCCGUCCUCGACGUGCGCGGGCUUCUGGCUGUACCGAGCCAAGCCUGGCUGAACGAAGCGCCGAACCUGCUCACCACGAACCAGCUGUGUCCGGAGGGGAAUUACACCGGGUACCCUGGCGGCGAGGACGCCUGCUUCAGGGUGUUCAGGAACGAGACAAGAUUCAGCUGGCAAGACGCGGCGACAAUGUGUGCGGGGCUGGACGCCCACCUGCCGGACCCCAGCCGCGGCUUCCUGGACUGGCCGCUGCGGCAGCUCCUGUACAGCCACGACAUCCCUUCCGUGUGGAUCACAGUCCCGCGGCCGCGCGUGCUGCGAGAGAAGGCGGCGCGGCGCAGCACCUUCCUCAACUGGCGAGCCGACGCCAACGUCUCGUUGCCCCACGCGGCCCUCACGCCCCAGGGCUGGAUGCGCGAGGACGGUGAAGCCGCCAAGACCCACGUCAUGUGUCAGUGGCACGUCCAGCCGCCCAAUGUGACCCUGCACGUGUUCGAGGAUGCAGGGACGGUCCGCGUCGAGGUUCGUCCUCGCGACGCCCCGACGACGGGUCGCGUGCACUGCUAUGUGAACGGCCGCGAGGUGACGGUAUUUGGCCAAGGUGGUGUCUUGGAGGUGGACAGUGUCACGCAGGGCUACUACGAAUGCCGGGUGUGGACGGGGUCACCGCUACACCUGGCCACGUCCAACACUUUGCUACACACACGCCGCGCCACGCACACCUUCUCUGUAACGUUGUCCACUCAGAGGCAGUACACGCCGGCCCAGGACGACGCCACCUUCAGCUCCGCCGUCCUGACCGCCUGGCACCCCUGCGUGGGGACCUUCGUGGAGGGCGUCAGACGAGGCCUCGGCGACUCCCCCGGCCUGAAGGUCAUGACAGACAACCUCUACUUCACCCCCGACACACAAGCGGACGCCCUCCUCAUCAAUUUCCACGUCGAGAUCGAUAUGAGAGAAGCAUUCGACAUCCUGCUGGAGAGCGAGGCCGCCGAGCGCGUUACCGCAGCGCAGGGGCAGCUGUCCGCCACGCCGUGUCGCGCCGUGAGCAUCAGGAGCAGCUUGGGUUGCCCCAGGGAAGAGGAGCCUGGCCGGGGCAUCAACGAGACGACCCUCACGUGGCCGGCGACGCGCGGGGCAGUGGCAGUGCUGCCCGCCGAGCUGUGCGUUACCGAGGAGGGCGAGCCCGUCACCCGCAAGUGUUUGGGGGACUUCACCCGUGGCUACCACUGGGGCGACAGGUCUGGGGGAUGCACCGACGAGCCACGCAAUGUAACGCGGCAGUUAUGGGAGAUGAACCAGAACAGUUCCCCCUCCGACCUGCCCUCCCUCGCCGCCCUCACAGCCGACGGACUCAAUCUCACCGCGGCCGACGUGCACUUCGUGGCGCAGAAGAUGCAGUCCAUCUCUCGCGAGGCUCCGGUGGCGUUGCCGGACUUGGAGUUUCUCGUGGAGACGCUCAACAACGUGAUGGAGGCUAAAGAGGGCGUGUUCGGGGAGGUGCAGCGCGUCCUCAACACGUCCAGCAUCCUCAUGGACGCCUUCGAGAACAUCACCCUCAGAGUUCAGCUGCCCCGCGCCGACGAGCCGGUGCGCGGUGACAGGCGGCUGGUGUCGGUGGAGCGCGUGGACGCCACUCCAAACUCAUCCAUCGUCGGCUACCGGACUUGGAGGAAGCACGAAGACCAGGACGAGGACGAGGGCGAAGAGGGCCUUCAAGAGGAGGAGGAAGAGUUGGUGAGGAAGGAAAGCAGGGUCGACUGGCGACGCAGCCAAGUGACGCUCAUCUUGCCAAACGACCUGACGCGACGCGUGGCGGCCCAGGAGGGCAUUGCGGCGGGACGAGGCGCGGCGGGCGGGAGGGUGCAGCUCACGUUUGCUGUGUUCCGUAACCCGAAGCUGUUCCAGGACGACACAACCUUCCCCAAUCACACGGUGGACGGACACAUCGUCCAGGCCUCGUACGGCGGCCACAGCGUCGCGCACCUCCGGCAUCCCGUCAUGAUCUACUUCAAAAUCGGCCGUGAAGGGAACGGAUCCAAGUGUGUCUUCUGGGACUUCCAGGAGAAUGGCGGCCGCGGCGGCUGGUCGACGGAGGGCUGCUGGAGCGGCGAUCGGCACGGCGAGCACCAGCUGUGUCUGUGCAACCACCUCACGUCCUUCGCGCGCCUCGUCACCUUCGACGGGGUGGGCGCGACGGGCGUGCACGCGGUGAUCCUCGACACCAUCAGCAUCAUCGGCUGCGCGCUUUCUAUCUUCAGCCUCCUGCUGGUGCUGUUCACCUUCCUCCUGUUCCAGAAGUGGCGGCGGCGCCUCAGCAACAAGAUCCUGGCCAGCCUCGCCACCGCCAUCCUGUGCAGCCUCGUCGUCUUCCUGGCGGGCAUCCAGCAGACGCUCAUCCCGGAGCUGUGCCGCGCCGUGGCCGUCGCCCUCCACUACUUCAUCCUCGCCUCGUUCGGCUGGAUGCUGGUGGAGGCCGUGCACCAAUACCUCAAGUUCGUCAAGGUGGUCGGCACGUACAUCCCGAGGUUCAUGUGGAAGGCGUCUGUGUGUGCGUGGGGGGCGCCGCUGCUGCCCAUCAUUGUCGUGCUGGUGUACGACAGCACGCUCUACGACAGUGACCAGGGCUCCGAGGACAAGAUCUGCUGGAUGUCGAGCACAACCUUUAAGUUCGCCUUCCUGCCGCCGCUUGCCGCCAUCAUGGCCACCAACCUCGUGCUUUUCGUGCUCAUCGUCCACAGCGCCACGUGUGGCCGCGUGCGCAUCACCAGCACGCUGUCGGAGCGGCAGCUGCGCCUGACUCAGCUGCGCAUGGCCGUCAGCGUGUUCUUCCUGCUGGGCUUCACGUGGGUGUUCGGGCUGCUGGCCUUCUGGCGCCCCAGCCUCGUGUUCUCGUACUUGUUCUGCAUCAGCAACACCCUGCAGGGCUUCUUCAUCUUCAUCUUCCACGUGUUCAGGGAGCGGGACGCGCGCAGACUGUGGCGGGAUUUCCUGUCGGUCAUCAGCCGGGACUACUUUACCUCGGAGCCGCGCAGCCUGUCGAUCCAAACGCCGCGGUACUCUGGCCAGCCGUCCCGCGCCCUGGACAGCAACAGCGUCAGCUACAACCAGCACGGCGACGGCGAGGUGAGCCUCAACCCGCAGGGUCCGGGCUGGGACCCCGCCCGUGGCAGCGUGCGCUCAGCCCGCACGGCGUCCACCAUCAUCCACUCCCGCUCCUCCACGCCCCCCGCGCUCUGACGGGACAGCGACCCUCACAUCACCUCACUGUCAUGUUGAUGCAUCUCUCCUCAUGACGGGGCCAAGCCGUGUAUGCGUGCACACUCAGGCACGGCUGCACACCCACCCCCUAUGUAUACCCGUCGCUGUGUGUGGGUAUUCAUGUAUAUAUGUAUGUUUGUGUGAAUAACAAUGUAUAUAGGUCCUGCACGUCGCCGCCAGUGUACAGUCGUCAGCGUAUAUGAAGGUGUAAAAGGAUCCUGAUUUUGAACUGAAAAGAAAAGCGUCGGCAAUGCUCAUUGUACAUUUAUUAUUUCCCUUUUGAUGAUUAUGUUCACUAAAUCCAAGAACGUGUGUGUGUGUGUGUGUGUGUGUGUGUGUGUGUGUGUGUGUGUGUGUGUGUUUAUAAAUAGUCCUGCGGCUCCCCUCCCCUUACCGUAACUUUCCCUUCUCCCCUUCACACCCUUCCUCCCCUCCCCUCCUCCCCCGCCCCCCUCCAGCAGGUCAGCCGUUGUGGGUCGCUUUGCAGUUUUCGGCCAAAACCCAAAUUUCGUUCUGCCUUCCGUGGUACCUGAAAAGCAAUGUGUUAUUAUUAUUAUCACUUAGUAGAACAAGUAGCAGCAGUAGUAGUAGCAGUAGUAAUAGUAGUAGUAGUAGUAGUAAUAGUAGUAGUAGUAGUAGUAGUAGUAGUAGUAGUAGUAGUAGUAGUAGUAGUAGUAGUAGUGUUAAUCUCAUCAGUUCCACGCAUAUCAUUUACAGUUCCUGGGUUGUUACUGUUUCAUUGUUACUCAUCUGUUAUCAGUUCUACGUAUAAUAUAACCUACAGUUCCUGGAUCUUCA